UCCCCAGUCUCUACGUAUACAUUACAAUUACAACUCAAAUAAUCCUCUAAGAAGGAAAUAUAUAUCCAGAAAAUUGAGACAGAGAAAAAGAAAACAAAGAAAAUUAAGAGAAGAUGACUGGAGAGGAGAAGAAAAAGAGAGGAUCAGGAUCUGAGGGAAGCAGUAAUAAGGAUCUGAACGAUUGGCUACCAAUCACAUCAUCAAGGAAUGCAAAGUGGUAUUAUUCGGCGUUUCACAAUGUCACUGCCAUGGUUGGUGCUGGUGUUCUUGGCCUCCCUUAUGCCAUGUCUCAGUUGGGUUGGGGUGCUGGAGCAACAGUAAUGGUAUUAUCAUGGGUGAUAACACUAUACACCUUAUGGCAAAUGGUAGAGAUGCAUGAGAUGGUUCCAGGUAAAAGAUUUGACAGAUACCAUGAGCUGGGGCAACAUGCAUUUGGUGAAAAACUUGGUCUUUGGAUUGUGGUUCCUCAGCAGCUAAUGGUUGAAGUUGGUGUGAACAUAGUGUAUAUGGUCACUGGUGGCAAAUCCAUCAAAAAGAUAUAUGAUACAGCUUGUCCUAGUUGUAGACCAUUGAAAACCACCUAUUUUAUCAUGAUGUUUAGUUCUAUUCACUUCUUCCUCUCCCAUUGUCCCAAUUUCAACUCCAUCACUCUUGUCUCCUUCCUUGCUGCCAUCAUGUCUCUCAGUUAUUCAACCAUAGGUUGGGGAGCAUCAGUACAUAAAGGAAUAUCACCAGAGGUUGAUUACAGUCCAAGGGCAUCAACAACUACAGGAAGAGUAUUUGGUUUCUUGAGUGCUUUAGGAGAUGUUGCUUUUGCAUUUGCUGGUCAUAAUGUUGUCUUGGAAAUUCAGGCAACUAUGCCUUCUUCUCCUGAAAAACCAGCCAAGAAACCUAUGUGGAAAGGAGUCAUUUUUGCCUACAUUGUUGUGGCUUUGUGUUACUUUCCUGUGGCUUUUGCUGGCUAUGCAGUUUUUGGGAAAAGUGUUGAGGAUAAUGUCUUGAUCUCCCUUGAGAAACCUGCUUGGCUUAUUAUCAUUGCUAACGCCUUCGUUGUUGUCCAUGUUAUUGGAAGCUAUCAGGUGUUUGCAAUGGGUGUGUUUGACAUGGUGGAAUCUUACUUGGUGAAGCAAAGGAAAUUCACUCCAACUAAAACGCUACGGUUUAUUGUUCGGACUAGUUAUGUUGCCCUAACAAUGUUUCUUGGUAUAACAUUCCCAUUCUUUGGUGGGCUACUGGGUUUCUUUGGAGGAUUUGCAUUUGCUCCGACCACUUACUUCCUUCCUUGUAUCAUGUGGCUUGCAAUCUACAAACCUAAAAAGUUUGGCUUGUCUUGGUUCACUAAUUGGAUAUGCAUCAUACUUGGUGUUCUUCUGAUGAUUUUAGCUCCCAUUGGUGCCUUGAGGCAAAUCAUAUUGCAAGCCAAGGACUACAAGUUCUAUUCUUGAUUAUAGAAAACUAGAUAAAUUUCCUCGUGACAAAAGAUUUUUAGUAUUUGUCAGACGAUGUUUUAAAUUAAAUAAUAUUUAGUUAUUUUAGUUUCAUAGCUGUAUUACUACUAUAUUUAAUAUCUUAUAUACUGUUAGACAGUCCUGCUUAAGGAAGUUGGGUUGAGAUUUAGGCUCUUAUUAUUUGUCAAAUCUUUUAAGCUACAUUGGUGACC